ACUAGUAAUGGAGUCGACUCAAGAGAAGGUUAUUUUGAGAGAGAGAGAGAGAGAGACAGAAAGUCAAUCAGAUUCAAUGACUCCAUACCAGUUGUCAUUUUUUUUCCUUCGCCAAAUAAAUUAACUAAACAGUGUUAUUUAGAUUUCAAGAAAAUCUUGCUCGAGUAGUAGCAGAAGAAAGCACAAGUAAUUGUGAUUUCUUGAGAAGGAAAUCUUAUUAGUAGUAGAUACUACAUACAGAUAGAUAAGGAAUGGCAACGAAGCAGCAGCAAGCGGCAGCGGUGAAGGUGGGGUUGGGGUUAAUGGCGGUGUGUAUAGCAGGAUACAUUCUGGGGCCGCCUCUUUACUGGCACUUGAAAGAAGGGUUUGUUGCUGUUGCUCGAUCUUCUCCAAUUUGCUCUCCUUGUGACUGUGAUUGCUCUUCUCAGCCUCUCCUCUCCAUUCCUCAAGGAUUGAGCAAUGCAUCAUCCUUCACAGAUUGUGCGAAGCAUGACCCAGAGGUGAAUGAAGAUACUGAGAAGAAUUUUGCAGAGCUACUGAAAGAGGAAUUGCAGCUGCGGGAAAUUGAAGCACUAGAGAAUCAGCGGCGGGCUGAUAUAGCUCUGCUUGAGGCUAAGAAGAUUGCAUCCCAGUAUCAGAAGGAAGCUGACAAAUGCAAUUCAGGGAUGGAAACCUGUGAAGGAGCAAGGGAGAAAGCAGAAGCCACAUUAGCAGCACAAAAGAAAUUGACAUCAAUCUGGGAGCUAAGGGCGCGUCAAAGAGGAUGGAAAGAUGGGGCUGCCAAGUCCCAUACCUAAUCUCAGGGAAAUGUCCAGUCUGUGUUGGAAAGAUGGGGCUGCCAAGUCCCAUACCUAAUCUCAGGGAAAUGUCCAGUCUGUGUAAAAGAUCUGCCGUGGCCUCGUCAAACCUGCUCCUCUUCUCGGUGCUAUGUUAUUAUAUUCACAGCCAAGUCAGCAUGAUACGAAUAUGAUUUAUAUUUGAGAUUGUAACAGUCAAGUAUACCGUUAUCAAGAAGCCUUUUGAAACUAUCAAGCUGUUUAAAAAUCCCCAAAGUGCAUUCCUGCUAUUUCUUUCAGUAAAAUGUUUUGCUUGUAAAACUCUAGAAGUACAGAUUGAUUGAUUUAUUUUAAUGAAAAAAAUAGCAGAUAAUAUGUCUGCAAGUGUCUA